CUCAAUUAUGUCGGUGCUUGAAUCGCUAAAAAUUCCUUUUAAUCGUUUAAAUAUGUCACGACUGGUAUCUGAGAUAGUCCUUGUAUUAAAGCAGAAAAAGCAGCGCUUUUUAGAAAGGUUCAUGGUGAAAUAUAAUUAUUUUCAAACCUUAUUAUUUAUCGACAUCCAGAAAGAUAUUAACUUGGAUUAAAAUACAUAUUUCUAUACCCCUAUAUUAAUUAUUUAAAUCAUCACAGCCGAAUGUAAACGCCGACCAAUGACAAAUGACAGAAAGUAGUUUUCAGAUUUCGGAGUCUUUCAACGGGCGUUCGAGCACUAUUAUCGGGCAAACAAAAUAGGAAUUCAGCUACAGAUCAUGAAAAAGAUACCAGCUACAUCAAAGAAAUCACAACCCUCAAUGAGGGUAAAAAAACUAGACUUCUUAUGUAGUACUGCAACAACAGAAGCUUCUGGUGCCUACAGAAAUAGCUUCAAUGGAGAUACGGUUGAAUUUAGUACAAUUUUGGAGAAAGGCAAUAAAACAGGCAACACUUUUGCGGAGAGAAUGAAAACUUUUACGACAAUGAAGAAGACCGAUAAUAGAAUAUUGAGCAAAUUGGAGAAGACCAUUCAAAUUUUGUCUCAGAAGCAAAACGCCUGUUUGACUGCGCCCAACGGUUCGAAAGAACCAAUGAAAAUAAAUGAGAAAUCGAAAAGUUUGUUUCACAAAAAAGUUCCAGAAACUGUCGAUCACAGUAAAAGUGGGACUGAUGAAGAUAAUAAUGAACAGAAACUCCCACACCGACAAUUGCGUUCUAAAAAAGUUUUGGAGGUUGAUGCUACUGAAAAUUUGACUAAAAUCAAAAAAGGACGUGAAAAGAAAAGAAAAUCUGAAGGACCAUCCUCGCUUGAUGAUGCUACUGAAAAUUUGACUAAAAUCAAAAAAGGACGUGAAAAGAAUAGAAAAUCUGAAGGACCAUCCUCGCUUGAGGAUGCUACUGAAAAUUUGACCAUAAUCAAUAAAGAAAGUAAGAAGAAAACAAAAAGAAAAUCUGAAAAACCAUCCAUACUUGAUGAUACAAGUCCAGAAAAAGUUGUGGAGAUAGUUAAAAGGGGGAGGCCACGGAAGAAUUUUGUUAAUUCCGUUAGCCAACUUGAUGAAGCCAGCACAGGUAUAUUUUUGAAAAGGGGGAGGCCACGGAAGAAUUUUGUUAAUUCUGUUAGCCAACUUGAUGAAGCCAGCACAGCAGUAAAAAAGAAAAGAGGACGCCCGCAAAUUAAUACUCUUCAAUCGCUAUCUUCAAAUCCUUCUAACAGAAAUAACGAAGAGACUAAUAAAGAGAAUAGUUACGAUUCAGCUGUCGAGUCUAUCAACGAAACUAAUUCAAUCUGCAAAGCAGCUCAGUGCGAAGUCAUAGAUACAAUCGAUGACAAAGGGCAAAUCCAGAGAAUAAGAAUCAAUAAGGGCUCCCCGAAAUACAAAAAGGACAAGAGAGAUGAUUGGUCGUUGGCCAUUAGUUCUAUUUCGACAGAUAAAUGUUCGAUUAUGCAUUAUAAAAUACCGCCCAAAAAAAUAAAAGAAAAUUGCCUUCUCGAGGAAAAGUAUAUUAUAUGGUUUUCUGUCAUCUAUGGACAUGGUCUAUUUAUAAAUGGAAAAGAAUUGAUACAAAUUGAGGAGGAUUCUGAAGUUGUAGUAUAUGGUGGAUCUAACUAUUGUAUUAUCAAUAAUAGUGAGAAGACGAUGAUACUAAAUUGUGCCAGAGUAUUGAAAAGUAAGAAAAAUUUACCAAACUGUACCACGUAAUAAAUUAUUACACGUAAUUAUUUUGAAAUUUCAUACACACAAUUUUUAAUAUUAGUGUUAUUAAGAUAUAAUGUAACUGUUAAUUGUGUUUAUAUUUAAAAUUAUACUUAUUUCUGAUUA